GAAAAGGAAUACACUGGGACAAAUGCGCGUGCGCGGUUUCGCGUGAGGCGUGAGGAAACUGUCAAUCGAGGCCGCGCCACCUUCCGAAAGGGGAAGGAAAUCCAAACAUUCUCUGUAGAAAUCGGGGGCGGGCAACCGGGAAAACCAAAGAGCUUGGAGGAGGAGGAUGAACAUGUCAGUGAUUUCUCUUCAGGAGUAUGACUUUGAGAAACAGUUCGACGAGAGGGGAGCCAUAGAAUGGAUGCAGGAAAACUGGAGCAAGUCGUUUCUGUUUUCUGCAGUUUAUGCUGCGUUGAUCUUUGCUGGGCAGUAUUACAUGAGAGAGCGGAAGAAGUUUGAACUUCGGAAACCAUUAGUCUUGUGGUCACUGACCCUUGCUUUAUUCAGCAUACUUGGUGCUUUCAGAACAGGGUGGUAUAUGUGGCAUGUCCUGUACACCAGUGGCUUCAAGCAAUCAGUGUGUGACCAGAGCUUCUACAAUGGACCUGUGAGCAAAUUCUGGGCAUAUGCAUUUGUCUUGAGCAAAGCUCCAGAACUAGGUGACACUAUGUUCAUCGUUCUACGGAAACAGAAACUGAUAUUCCUGCACUGGUAUCACCACAUCACCGUGUUGCUCUACUCCUGGUAUUCUUACAAAGAUAUGGUAGCUGGUGGUGGCUGGUUUAUGACAAUGAAUUAUGGCGUCCAUGCCUUUAUGUACUCAUACUAUACACUUCGUGCUGCAGGCUUUCAUGUGCCACGUAGAUUUGCCAUGUUUAUUACCCUCACCCAGAUCAUGCAGAUGAUAAUGGGCAUGGUGGUUAAUGUGCUGAUUUACAUGUGGAUGCACGAGGGUCAUUGCCCUUCCUUCUUUGCAAAUAUCAUCUUGUCUUCCAUUAUGUACUUUAGUUAUUUUCUUCUCUUUUGCUGCUUCUUCUAUGAAACUUACUUAAACAGGAAGAAAGGUUUAAAGGGAGAUUAAACUCAGGGUGAUGAACAAGUUAAAGUAAUAGUGUCAGUGGUUAAUGCACAAACAUGGAUGAUGUUGUGGUUUUGUCAAAGCAGUCUGGAGUUAUUUGAUAUUAACUGUGGGAUUCUGUAGAUUUUUAUAGGAUUGCACUCUCUAUGUUCACAUUCCCUACUGCUCUUUCAUUGGAAGCUGUUGACUGAAUCUCCAGGAAACACUUGAGGUGUCAGGUCAAGCAGAUCUCAGAAUGUUGAACACCUGAAUCUUCUUCAUUCCCAUUUUGUACAAACUAGACUUGAACCACAAAAAAGCGCAGAAGCAGUGGAGUUCUGUGGGUCCAUUUCAGCAGCAUGCAAAGGAGUGAGCUAUGGCCUUAGACUGUUUGAUAUGGAGAUUAUAAAUGAAUGUUCAGAAGGUUUGCUUCACAAACCUUAGUUGACCUUUUCAGAGCAUCAUUUCAAACAAUAGGAAAGGCCCAGGGGAGAGAGGAAAUACAGAAAAUUAAGGACAAUUCAGAAAUAAUUUAUUGUGCAGGAUAAUUCAGACUUCCAGUCACACUGUAGUCCAGCUUGUGCACUAACCGCUGUAUAGUGUGUGGAACAUUCUGAAGACACUAAUUUUUCCCUACAAUUAAAUCUCAAAUUGGCAUCUUUCCUUAUACUUAAGGCAGACACUUUUUGUAACACACAUUCUAGAUGCAGGAUUGAGCACCUUAUUGUGUUGGUCCUGCUGACUGAACAAAACUUCAAGGAGUACUGGAUUUAAAAUUUCAUAUGUUUGUCCUUGGAACCUAGAUAAUUGAUUAUACAAAACUUAGAGGGCUCUUCUUCUAUUUAUACAACAGUUCAAAGGCAGAUCUCUCGUCAUGUUUGUUGUUGACUCUGAGGAAAUGAAUAUGUCAAUUAAACAUAGAUUUCCAGUGUUUCAAAUCCCAUUAUAUAAAGCUGCUGAUCCGACCAUAAAAUAAUUACCUUUUUAAAAUAAUAGCUUUUAUCUUGUAAUGGGGAGGGAUGGGAAGCACUUGAGAGUUUGCCUACUUUUAAUAGUUAAACUUAUUAAAAAUUGAAUAAAUUGUCGUUGGCAUCAUUAUUUCACAAACCCAUGGCAUAUUCCUUUGCCUGCUUUGUUUAAUGGAGAAUCAUCCAAACUAAGAUAAACACUCCAUUAAAAUAACAGGUGAUGAAAUGCCACAUAAACAUACUAAACACUUACCUGCUAAUAUCUCCAAUAGUAGAAAUGUAGACUUUAAGUCAGCGUGUUACCUAGCCAAUAACUAAAGAUCUGGAAAUAUUCCCAUAAAGUAUAAAAGUUGCUGCCUUUUAAUUUGCAAAAGCCAUUCCCAAGCAGUGUUCUUAACAUCAAAAGCUUAACACGCUGAGUCUUGACCAACCAACAAAAUCUGUCACCUUUAGAAAAAAUAAUCAUGUGGAUAGGUGGCUGUGCUUCAUUUACAAAAAUGCACCCUCAUUAUAAAAGUCUCGGUCCUUAUAAAACUUGGCCUCUUAAUGAUAAGAUAUUUUGACAAAGAUGUUGCUGUGUAGGAUUCAUUAAUACAGAACUUUCAUUAGUCCAGAUACAAUACUAAGCUCCUUUUAUAUUAGGGAUAGAGUGUUACUAGAUCCACUUGUCACAUGUGUAAUCAACCUAACAGGGUAAAAAGAUAAUUCAAUGUCUUUAUUUUCACUCCUGUUCAUGGUAACUCAUGAACAGAGUUUGAAAACUUUCAUAUAUCCACUGAUGCCCUAACACAGUUAACUUGUGCAAGGUGCUGAAGCAAACUCAAAUUGAGCUAAGCAUCUCAGCUUGUUAGGUCCUGUAUCUGGAAGUUGAGCUAAGUAUGGAGGAAACUCGAAUGCAGAUGUAUCCAAAUUUGGAAGUUGAAAGCUGAUUUACCAGUCUAAAUGGUGCAGUCUAUUGUUUGUCAUUCCAAGGUAGCUUUCCUAUGCCAAAAACAUGUAUCAGGCAAAAGGUGGAUUUAGCUGUAUUGCCAUGGUCUGACUAGAUAAAUUUGGUUAAGAAACAGUGGAAAUUGUUUCCUGACUGAAACAUUUGCACAAAAGCUUUUGGAAUUUGGACUUGGUGGAGCAUGGGGUUGAUGUGGUGGGGGCCAUUUGUCUUUUGUGCCAUCAGUAGAAUGAGAAAUCCUACAAUUGAUAACAUAUUAUGAAUUAUUUUGAAGAAAGUCACAAGGAGACAAGUUGGCCUCCACCCUGCAGCAUUUUUGCAACCUUUACUGUUAAUUCUACAACAGCCAUAGCUUAAUUGUUUCAAAAAUAAUCUGUUGGGCAAUUUUGAGAUUAGCCAGAGUUGGUUUGUUUUCAUGAUAUUCUAGGGUCUCUUGAUUCAUUUUGGAGUGAAAAGUGAAUCAUUUUAGAUUGUUAUCGAUUUAGUUUAAUGGCAGAUGAACAAUUAGAAGUUAUUUCUUGUCGGAAAAAACAGAACAAUGACUUUAAUGAAAUGUACUUAAAAUAUUAUAAAGCAUGGUUGGUUAGGGGCU